CUAGGGGCUAGAGCGGGCCAGGGUAUCUUUGGGUGGUGGAGUGCAGAAGAGGUGACCUGCAGCGGAGGAGUCCGGGUGACAAGCAACCAUGACGGACCAGCAGGCUGAGGCCCGGUCCUACCUCAGCGAGGAGAUGAUCGCUGAGUUCAAGGCCGCUUUUGACAUGUUUGAUGCUGAUGGUGGUGGGGACAUCAGCGUCAAGGAGUUGGGCACUGUGAUGAGGAUGCUGGGCCAGACACCCACCAAAGAGGAGCUGGACGCCAUCAUCGAGGAGGUGGACGAGGACGGCAGCGGCACCAUCGACUUCGAGGAGUUCUUGGUCAUGAUGGUGCGCCAGAUGAAAGAGGACGCCAAGGGGAAGAGUGAGGAGGAGCUGGCUGAGUGUUUCCGCAUCUUCGACAGGAACGCAGACGGCUACAUCGAUGCUGAGGAACUGGCUGAGAUUUUCCGGGCCUCUGGCGAGCACGUGACGGACGAGGAGCUCGAAUCCCUGAUGAAAGACGGCGACAAGAACAAUGAUGGCCGCAUUGACUUCGAUGAGUUCCUGAAGAUGAUGGAGGGCGUGCAGUAAGAAGUCGGCCCUCGCCUCCGCCGGCACCGCGCGCCCCUCGGACGCGAGCGGUGCCACCCCCGCCGGGUCCCAUUCUCCGCCCCGGGAGGGAGGCGCGGCCCCUUCUGGGUCUGUGUCUAGAAGGAAUAAAAGCAAACAUUUCAAA